AUGCCUCUCAACAUCGGCACGAUCUUCACGAGGCCGUACCAAUCCUUGGAUCAGGAUGAAGGACUUCCAGUGGGAACGCCGAGCAAGUCGAAGAACCCUCACCGCUUUCCGAAGGUGUAUCGAAUUGAAGCUGUGCUGGCCGCUGGAUUUGCAGGUGCUGUCGUUGCUGGCGUUCUGAUUCUUCUUGGACUGAGGUACUUCGAUCGGCGAAAUGCGCAGUCGUUUGUACCAGACUUUCCAUUCAACACCCCGCGUGUCUUCGAAUGGCAUCCUGAAUUUGUGUAUGGUGUUGGCACGAAGAGCUGGAAGACAACCUGGGAGGACAAGAUGCAGCCCAGCGACGAAGGCUUCAUCCGAAUCCCCAACCCCUCCAAAUACGGCCUCUCCGGCGGCUUCACCAUCCCCAACACCACAAACACAGAAGGCUACUCCAUCUCCAUGUUCCACCAACUCCACUGCCUCACAGCCCUGCGCCAACAGACCUUCGAUCUUCUCAACCAAACAAUCCAUCACCCCGUCAAGAUCGACGUCAUGCACAACCACCACUGCUUCGAUUACCUGCGGCAGGCGAUCCUCUGCGCGGGGGACAUGACGCUGGAGCCGGCGAAGGUUGUUGAUGGGGUGAGGGUGCAGGCCGUGGAUGGGUAUGGGGUUACGCAUCAGUGUAGGAGUUUUGGGGCGAUUUUGGAGUUUGCGGAGAGGAAUGGGGCUUGGAAGGGGAUGGGUGAUCCGGAGUAG